GCCACAAUUCAAAUCUCACAUCGGUUACAAUGCCUCAGAGUGUGCCAACAAAGCCACUCAAAGGGCUGGACUUGCUCCAGAACAUUAACGAGAUGGAUUCGGAGGGCGAGCAGUGUGGGGAGUUGGAGGGAGAGGACGACAGGGACGACGGGGACGACUCUGAUUCAGGCUCAGAAACGGACUCUGAAGUGGAGUGCCCGGGAGACUCGUGGUGGCGAGACACGGCAAGAGACGGCACGGUGUGGGUGGAGCAGACAGUCUCUCGGGGGAGAGUCGGGGAGGAGGGUGGCGCCAUGAAAGAAGCCCCCGGCCCCACAAGCUACGCCAAGGAAAACAUUGAAAGCCCACUGAGCAGUUUCCUGUGUUUGAUUGAUACAGAAAUGUGGCAGAAGAUUCGACAGUACACGGAAGCGGAAGCGGAGCGGAAAAGCGAAACGUUCAAAGUGUCAGACGAGGAAGUGAAGGCGUUCAAAGUGUCGGACGAGGAAGUGAAGGCUUUCAAAGUGUCGGACGAGGAAUUGAAGGCGUUCGUGGGUCUCGUUUACCUCAGAGGCAUCAUGGGAGGGACUAGCGUGAAGGUGGACGACUAUUGGUCGGCUGACUUGGGAAAUCCCCUUUUCAAAGAUACAAUGUCUCGUCAAAAGUUCAGAGACAUCAUGCGUUAUCUGCGCUUCGACGACAAGAACACAAGGGCUGACCGGCUUGUGACAGACAGGUUUGCAAUGAUGUCUGAGAUAUUUGACAAUUUUGUGAAAAACAGCAUCGCUUGUUACACGCCGGGAGAAAACAUCACGAUAGACGAGCAGCUUCUCCCCACCAAGGCACGAUGUCGUUUCACGCAGUACAUGGCCAAUAAACAGGACAAAUUUGGCAUUAAGUUCUGGGUAGCCGCUGAUGCGUCAACCAAAUACAUGUUGAAUGCACGGCCCUAUCUAGGCAGAGAUGACAGCGUCGCGGCUGGGCCGCGGUUUUCCGACAGUGUUGUGAUGAGCCUGGUGGAGCCUUUCCUGGGAAAAGGAAGAAAUGUAACGACUCACAAUUUCUUCCCCUCGUUGGCGCUGGCAAACAACCUUUUGGCGAAGAAAACCACCGUUGUUGGAACAGCGAAGAAAAGCAUCAAAGGCAUGCCCCGGUGUGCACAGGCACAUUCUGAAAGGUUUUCAACCAAGGUGCUGAAGGCUGGAAAAGUCUCGCUCACGGUCUACCAGGCAAAGCCCAAGACAAAUGUGUGUAUCCUGAGCACAAUGCAUCAGACUGUUUUAACUGACGAUGGCGCCAAGAAACUGCCCAACACUCUUUCCCACUACAAAAGCACCAAGGCUGGCGUAAAUGUAAUGGACCAGAUGGCACGGCAGUACUCAGUAAGGGGAGGCAGCCACCGUUGGCCGGUAGCAGUGUUCUACAACAUCUUGGACCUGGCCGCAAUUAAUGCCCACAUCCUGUACACGCAGAGCAUGAACGUGAGGAUCAGCAGGAGGAAGUUCAUCCUUCGGCUGGUGAAGGAGCUGUGUGCUCCUCAGAAGUGGUCCAAGGCGGAGGAGGCUCGGAGGCGGCUUCUGCCCGAGUCUCCCUUCCAGCCUGUGAAACGGAGACGGUGUCAGGUCAACAAAUGUUCAGGGAACAAAACUUUUGAGAUCUGCCAGGGAUGCAAGCGGCUUGUCUGUGGAAAAUGCACCAAGAAUGCACCAAAGCUGUGCUUGGAGUGUUGACACUGCAGGGUGUGAAUCCUGAGCGUGAUGCAGUGUUGAGUUGGAGGGGGUUUGGCUUGAGUCAGUCAGGAAAUCAGAUGAUUCACGACCCGGUGCCCAAAAGAUCUUCCCACCACGCUUUUCUGUUAAUUGUGGUAGAUCAUUGAUUUAUCCAAAUGCAAGUUUUGUUUUACAGCAUUGAUUACUGAUUUACAGACUUGUACGCAUGUCACCUUUGACCUUGUUCGCUGGGUGGAGGGAUGCGAUAGGUGUGUUUGACUUCAUGCAGCGCCGGCGGGCUGCCGAGGCUGGGUCACUGUGACGUAGCCAUCAAAGUACCGUGAGAUCGAUUCGAGAACUGCCGGCUCUGUAGCCGAGCGCAUUUUCUCAAGAGCAACUGCACGGGUUCUAAUGACGACACUAUUUCAUGAUUGACCAAACUCACACACGACAACUUUGACGCGUGUUUUGUAUUUAUUCUGUCACCUUCAGUUUCGCCAAUGUUCAAAUCCGGACCAAACAGUUUAAUUUAAUUAAAUAUUUGCCUUUAUUGACAGACUGCGAUGGCCUACGAUUGUUGAAGAAAGUGUUUUAGUCCGCCUCUUCACUAACGGAAAGACUGUUUCCGUUCUGGCGUCAACGCAGCAAACCACGAGAAUAUGGAAGGUCCGACUUUACGGAGCCGUUUUUAACUCCUCCCCGACUGCAAGCGGCAACUCUCGCUGGUCGUUUCAUGCAGCUGAUGUCGAACACACCUAAUGACAAUCUAAAUACUUUUGUUUACAUUUACAAAUGUUAAUGUAUUGGCAGAUCCUUUGCUGUUAUAACAAUUGUAAAAUGCACUGUUAAACUUUAACAUUAAAUAAUUCCUAACUUAUUAACUUGUACAUUUU